CCAAACAGACUUCAACACUUUGAUUACGACUCUUUGUCUUUUCACUGUGAGGGAACCGAAGGUUCUACUAAACUGAGAGGAUCCAGGAACUCUGAGGAGUUUCAUCCAGUUUGUGAAAUCAUGAAGACUUCUUCAUCCUCCUGCACGAUUUUUGAAACUUAUCAAACAGACAGCGGAGAAUUCUGGUGUGAAUCUGGAGCUGGAGAGAGAAGCAACAGAGUCAGCAUCACCAUCACUGCUGGUUCUGUCAUCCUGGACAGUCCUGCGUUUCCUGUCUUUGAGGGAGACAAUGUGACUCUUCGCUGUCAAAGUAGAAAGACUUUUAUGAAGCAAACAGCAGAUUUCUACAAAGGCGACGUCCUCAUUGAAGGGAGUCCUUCAGAGCAGAUGACGAUUCACAACGUCUCCAAGUCUGAUGAAGGAUUUUACAAAUGCAGCAUCAACGGCGUUGGAGAGUCACCAGAAAGCUUCCUGGCUGUUGGAGUUGCAGCAAAUACUGUUUCUAUCAUCCCUCCAACACCUCAUGAAGAGACGCCGUCUGAUGAACCUGGAUCUCCUGUUGGCCUCGUCCUGAUGUUGGUUCCUCUGAUGGUUCUGCUGCCGGUCGCAUUUAUUUACUGCAUGAAACACAGAGCUUCCUCAGAGGCGCCAACAGCAGCAUCAAACUCAGAUGAAGCAGCUUCAGGAGUCUCUGGAGGUGAAGCUGGAGAUGAUGUGGACGGUUUGACCUACGCAGUCGUCUUCACAAAGAAGAGACGAGACAAAGACGCUGCUGAUGCAGGAGAUAAUUUGAGUCGCGAGUCAAACCACAGCAGAAAACCAGCAACAGAAGAAGAUGCAGACCAGUCCUCACUUCAACCCGUUUACUCCACUUUGAAAGAGACACGACGGCCUGAAUCAGGAUUAUCAGGCUCCACGUCGGCCUCAAAUCCCACAGCAGCUGAAGAGUCGCGUUUACAAGAGCAGGAAAUCGUCUAUUCUGCCGUCCAGAAGGUGAGAUCGAUGCUGAUUCUGGCACAAACGUCUUCAUUAUUGAAAUAUUUUCUGUAUCAUCUGAGCUAAAUGAUGAACUUCCUCAUCUGUCUAA